AUGAAGAAGAAAUUUUGGUAUUUCUCACCCAAAAUAGCACCAAGUCCACUGACAUUGGCACAAGACCAACCUUUCAUCAUCUUGGCACGACCUGUAGCUUUUGCUGCCCUGGGAGCCCUUGCAGAGACACUGAAGGUUUGUUCUCCUGCAGGUCACAGCGUGGAGAUGAAACCAGAGGCACGUGUUGCCUGCCAGGUGAUGCUGGCAGUGAUUUUCACAGCUCUGUUCAUCACAGCCACUGCUUUUGCAGUGCAGGCUUUUCAGCCUCAUGCCCAGCCCUGCUUUCAGUGUCCUUUCGACUGGAUCAGGUACAGAGGAAAAUGCUACUAUUUUUCUGAGGUUGAGGGGAACUGGACAUCCAGCCAGGACAACUGCUCGGCACUUGGUGCUUCCUUGGCCAUGCUGGACAGCAUGGAGGACUUGAGCUUUGUGAUGAGAUACAAAGGCAUCUCAGAGCAUUGGAUUGGCCUUUUGCGGGAGGACGAGGAGCAGCCAUGGCAAUGGGUGAACCGCUCGCUUCUAUCUUACCCGUUUCCGAUCCGUGGUGGUGGGCUCUGUGCUUACCUGGAUGCCAGUGGGCUCAGCUCCUCCCACUGCAGCACUGAGAGGAGCUGGAUUUGUAAUAAACAUGAGCUGCAGAGCUCAGGCAAGGGCAACAGGAUGAGACGGCCUCCAAACCUCUGUGUCAGCUCCUUGGGUGCUGCAGGGAGGCCUUCUCACUCCCAAAUAUCUGGUGCACCAUAG